AUGGGGGACCAAGGUCCAAACACAGGGCUCUUGCUGGCCCAGGCCUGGUCCCCAGCACAGGAGGGCCAAGUGGAACCCACGACUGAAGCCUCGCUCCCCUACCCCAACAGCCCCAAGAUUCCUGAGGCCUGGCUCAGUUACCCGGGAGACAGGCCUGCUCUGCUGGCCGGGAGCAAAGAUGGGGGGGUCCAAGAGGGCUGGGCCUCGGCCGAGCCCUACUGGAGUAACUAUGCUGAGGCCCCGGGCCUCACUCCCGCUUGCUCAGGGCCCAGUCCUCCUGGCUCUAUGGACCCCUCAGGGCGCUCAGCCCCCUCCCCACCCCCAGGCCUCAUUCCACGGAGCUGCUGGCACGUUCCGCCUGUCCCUGCCCCAUGUGGGUCUCCUGCCCCCUGUCCUGAGGAUGCUGGGCGGGCACCGGGCCUCACCCCAAGCUCCGCCUGCCUUCUCACCCACUCCCUGUGGCUCCCAGGGCAGAACUGUGCCCAGGCGGGUGGGGCCUGGCAGCCCGGCUCCUUCUUCAGCCUCUUCUGUACUCUCAGUGGGGCCAGCAGGCUGCAGCCAACAGGGCGCCCCCUUCCCAGGCUCUCCCUUCCCAGCCCUGGCCCCCCGAGCCUGGACCGGCUGACCUCACCCCCACUUCUGGAUCCUGCCGCCUCCUAA